GAACCAUUCCGAUUCUGCGGUCAUAGAAGCGCGCACCGAGCAUUGUAUUAUCAGCGUUGUGAUAGAGAAGGUGUGUGGAUUAUAACUUUUAUUAAUUUGUGUUUACAAAAUAUGCGGAUAAAAUGUUUUUCGUCGUCCCUUUAAAUGCGAAAUACAAAUAAGGGCAUUAUGGAAUUUUUGGUUUCAUGAGUAAUCGCAAUUAAAUUAUUUUUUAUAUUUACGUAAAAAUUGUAAAUUGUGCGUAUUAUGAUCGAAAAAUUGGCCUACUUGCGGAGUGUAUGUUUAAGACGGUGAAUUUUGGUGGGACUUCUUGUGCUAGUGGGACCUAGGAGUCGACGCUUGUCGCAUGGGCGCUGUAGACGCCGUAGUGAUUCUAUCUAGGAUCAUGUUGGGUGAUGCUCCACGUGGCACCACUCGCCCCUGACCUACUGGAUGAACCCUUAUGUGUCGACGAUAUCACAGCUUCUGGUAGUAUCAGCAUUGAGGACACUAAUUCUAAUGGUGCUGAUUUCUGGUGUCGUGCACUCCGGACCUGUGCAUCAUCAAAAAACUUGUGGCGAUCUUCAACCAAUUAAACCUGCAGCUUUUUACAAUUCCUGUUCGAAGAAAUAUCUCAGAGUGAAUAACAAGGAUAUCGUUGCAGAUACAGAUACUAACAAUACGCUUUUUACAAUAACCGUAAAUAAUUCUCAUGGAUUUUUAUUAUUCGAUCCUAUAGCAAAUAUGUUUGUAUGUUGGAAGUAUAAUAAGAAAACAUCUAGAUUAGUGCCUAAGAGGAACCCCAAAGAUAUUAGUUUAUGUAUAUUUGAAGAAUUGCCAACCGACGGUGCAUAUACAAAGUACGUUUCGACAAAAAAUAGAAGUUACGUUAUGAGCUUUAAGAGUAACGGUCAGCAGAGGAUAGGCAAGAAAUCGAAUGUCAAGAAAAGAUCUAAGUGUCAGCCGGAAGCCUUCAUGCGCGUUUCCAAACAGAACGGUUCGAAUUGCUCGUCUACCUAUAACGACUUCUGCGAGAGGAUGAAGCGAAUAAAACGGCACAAGGUGAGAGAAGAAAUAAGGCAGCUUUGUGCCAUUGACAAUUCGGUACAUAGGAAAAAUUAAUGUAGAUCAAUGCAAGCGUACAAACAAGGACGUUGUAUGUAACGCGAUAUUACAAGCUUGUGCAUAUGGAAAUUAUAAACCAGUGCAUUUAUGUGUCAGUAUUUUGCAGUAAUAAUUAUACUUUGCUUGAAAGAACACUCAUGUGAGACUAUUUAUAAUGCGUUAGUUUAGUUAAUGUAUUAUUAACAGUGUACAAAAUAAUUGUAUUGCAUUUAUUUUAACCCCUAUGGGGUUUUAAUUUAACACACUUAUGUAUUAACUUUUCUGUAUAUCAGUUAUUUAUUUCUAUAAAUGUCGAGGCACCACGUUAUGCUAUGUUAGUAUAUAAUAAUUGUUACGUUUUUAUAUUUUUGAACUUGCCAUUUUACAAGAGUUACAGAAUAAUAACGUAAUCUGGUGCCUCAUUAUUAUAAUCAUGUUUUAAUGGUUAGCAAUUUAAUUGCAGAUUUAUCUACCAAAUAACUGAGGCUUGUAUAUUAAAUGAACCCAUACCUUUUUGUAUACUUUGUACAUAUAUAGCCAUUAUUAUUUAUGUGUUAUGUAAUUUCAAAAUUACAUCAGCCUCAUUUUGUUAUAAGAUCUGUGCCCCUCGAGGCAAUGUCCUCAUCUAAACAUUCCAAAUCAAACUGUGCAUAUAAAGCAAAUAAAAACGACAAGUAAUAUUCAA